AUGUUUGAAAGUAUUCCUAUUCGAGUUAUUAUUGAACCUAUAUUAAGUUUUCAAUACUCAACUGAAUAUCCAAUGCUUGAAAAAGAACUUCAAAUGACAGUAACUAUUAAUUCUAAUACUUUAAUCAAAGAUUUAUGUGAAGUUAUUUUAAAUCAGAUUGGCUUAGGACAUAUUGCAUGUUAUUCAGAAGCUUAUAUUCAACCUCCUUAUUCUACUGAUUUUGUCAUGACUUCUAGAUUUAAUGAUAUACCAGUAACUAUUGGCAAAUUAGAAGAAAUGGUUGGUGAUACUUCUGUAUUUAAAAUUGCAGCUCAUGGGACUGUUACAGAUUUUUCUGGUAUUGAUUAUAGAAAUUGUAUUUAUCGUAACUUGGUUAAAUUUUUUAUCAAAAAAUAUCCCUCAAUUAUAAAUAAUAUAAGUAAUCCAAUAAUUAAGGAUAUUAUUGAAAAUGUCAAUAACUGUACACUUAAUGAAGUUUCACAUCAUACACUUUAUGAAGUUAAUGAAAUAUUAGAAAAAGAAAUAAAUUCACUUGUUAGUAAUGAACAAUCAAUUCCAGAAAUUUUAUCUAAUUGUAAUAAUACCAAUAAAGAAAUUUCAUCAGUUGUUAAGGAAGAAAAUAUAAAUUUUAGUGAAGAGAAUCAACAAGAUUCAACUUUAUCAUCUACCUUUACUAAAUGUAACAAUAUUCAAAAUGAUUCACAAGAGCCUUCUUAUUAA